AUCCCAGUUAGUGAGAAGGGGAGGUCUGAGGAUGAAACUCCCAUCCUGAGAACGAUCUGAGCACACAGACACACGCACAGAUGGUGAAAACAUGUUGGGUCUCCUUUUUAUUUACAGCGAGGUGAUGCUGCUCUGCUGUACCAGGCUCUCUGUGGCCCUGCAGCUGAAUCCGGCCCAAGACUCCCCAAUAACAGGUCAGACUCUGCCCAGUUUUGAGAAUUGCAUGUUUUUAUUGUUUCAAACGUGUUCUUCGGUGUGUGAAAUAAUUACUUUGUCCAAUUCAGAGUACUCACUCCCAACAUUGAAGACCUCAGCGGCAGCAGCAGUCCCUCGCAUUGCACCGUGUUUUGUGGAUGACAUGUUUACGGUGUUGCAUGAAGGUGUGGGGGAUGGGGAUGAACUGAUAAACAGUACUUUGGUUUUGUUUGGAAUCUGCACAGUAUCUGAUCACUCGUCAAGAUUAUUAGACCUCGCUAACAAGAAAGAUAGCUGGGGGGUUUUGCACCCAGCUGCAGCACACGUGUCGGAGGAAGAGGGGCAAGGAACGCUCACAUUGACCUUUGACCUCCCACAGUUGCCUUUGCUCGUGACGAACCCUGUGCUGCUCCUGGCCUUUGAAAGUCCACUAACACAAGGAGACCUGGAUGUCGCUUUCACUAGUCCGUCUCUGCAGCCUAACACACAGAUGGUGUGCAUUUCAGGAGAAACACAAUACAUACUGCUAACAGGAAAAUCACCAGAGGGGAGUGCUAAUCAGAAGUGGCAGAUUUCUGCUGAGACAAAAAUCCCUACUAUGAAGCAAAACCUAAAAGACAUCCUGAUUGGUGGAAAAUCAGGAAGUAACAUCAGCAUGACUCCACUUCUGCUUUUCUCCAGGGACAGAGGAACAGAUACUAGAUGUGUUCCGGGGUCAUCCCCGGCCUCUUUGCAAACCUCCUUCCUUUGUGAGCUGAAACGCUUCCUGGGUGCUGCUCUGCCUCAGAAACACCUCAUCUCUCCUCCGCUCCCGCUGGACUCCUUACAGUCCCUGCCUCCCCUCACACUUGGCUUAUCCUCCAGUGAGACCCUGCUGGCAGCAAUAAUCAACUCCACAGCCCCCACAAUCUUUGCCUUCACAAGCUGGGGCUCCAUUUUUCCAGUGUGUCAUGGAGAGCUGGCCUUGUCUCCUGCACUGUUAGAGGAGCUCAGACAGAGGUUGGAGCAGACUUUGGUGCAAAUGACAUAUAUAAUCAGAGAGGAGAAUGUUGCACGGGGAGCCAAGAAGAGCCUGGGGAGGCUCAAAGACCUGAGUGCAUUACAGAAGGAUGAACAUGGUACAGGAGGGAGUCAGUUCCGAGCAUUUCUUCUGCUGAAGGCCCUGCAGACGGUAGCCCAAACGUACGACGUGCAGAGAAAGCUGCGGGCCACCAGAGCAAACCCCAGUUCGUCAGAGAUGCGCCACGUAUGUGGGCUGAGGGCUCUCACUGUGUCCCUUACAAAGCUUCUUGUAGGUCCACCCAGUGCAAACAUCAAUAGCUGCCACGGCUCCUGUGCUUUCCCUCUGGCCAAUGCCAACAACCACGCCAUAAUGCUAAACUCCCACAUCGAAAGCGGCAAUGUGGAUGUGCGGGCGCCCUGCUGCGUGCCUGUGGCCUAUGACCCCCUGGAGGUGAUGGAUUGGAACGCAGAGGAGACGUUCAUCUCCAUUAAGCCGGAUGUGAUUGCGAGAGAAUGUGGAUGUCGCUAAAGCUGUUUUGUUCUUGGCGGAGUCAUUUAACUGUUACUUUACUGUCAUUUAUUUGUUGCAUGCAGCAUUUAUACACUGGUAGUAAACACAGAUUUUACACUUUCACAUAGAUAACUGAUAGAUUAUUCAUAUGUGUCAGUUAUGAAGUAUUAAUUACAAUGUACUUCUUAUAAAUAUAGCCACUUUUAUGCUUUAUUGAAGAUCACAAGUCUAACAAAAUUGUCCUAAAAGCUGACAAAGUGAACUGUUAAUGUUGUUAAUUCUAGGACUUUUGAUAAUCAGUGAUGCUAAAAUGAAAAUCUGAUUUAGUCAUUUUAAAUAUUCUUUAUGCGAUAAAUGUUUCUGAGUCAGCAGGGUCCUUACUUAGUUAAAUUAUGUUCUCAUCAAUACAAACAAAAUGACUUAAAUGUAUCCUUUUU